UUGAGCUUGAGCAGCGACCGUUCAGUUUCAGUCAGACAUAACUUGUCUCUGGACAUAACUUGUGUCUAAUUUUUUCUUUUCUCAUCAAAGAAUUGUUUAAUGAAACAUGUUAAAUAUUUUGCAGUAUGGAAGUGACAGUGACGAGGAGUCGACCGAAAAGGUCGAGGAAAAAGCAAAAACUAUUUUUGAGGAGGCCACUCUUCAUCUCAAAGAACCAGUAUCAACAUCGAUGCAGCUAUGUGCAGCUCCUGAAGUUGUACCCACGAAAGCAAUUGAGCCUUAUAGAUACAUUGAUCCCACUACUAAAGAGAUGACUUAUAACUUAAAGUAUGAAGAGUUAUUUGCGCCUGAAGUUGGGCCGGAAAACCCAUUCCUGACCCAGCAACAAAGAGCCCCCAAGAACAUGCUGUCAGGUUAUGUUGAACAAGCUCAUAUCAGUGAUUUUCAGUUUGAAAAUCAAAGAAGGACUUUUACAAGUUAUGGAUUUGCAUUGAAUCCCACAGUUGAUGCUGGAGACAACGAUGAUGGGAAACAAAUGGUACAAAAUACAGCAAUCCUGACAGAGCCGAAGACUGUGUUUGAAAAGACUAAAAAGAGACCAUUAGACAAAAGGAAAAAAGAGAAGAAUGAUGAUCCGUCAGACAUUGAUGGAUUUUUAGGCCCUUGGGCGUGCUUUAAAGAUGAAAAGCGAGUUAUGAAGCCCAACGAGGAGGAAGCAGAAGAGCUAGAAGAAUACUUGGCUAAAAAACAGAAAAGAGGGAAACAAACGGAUGACAAACCCAUUGAAGAAAAAACUAUUUUGCACAUCAAAGAUUCAACGGAUUAUCAAGGAAGGUCAUUUCUGCACCCACCGCAAGAUGUCGGUGUUAACCUUAGAUCAGAUGCUCCGCCUGACAGAUGCUUUCUGCCGAAGGCUCACAUUCACACGUGGCAGGGUCAUACUAAAGGAAUUUCUGCGAUUCGAUGGUUUCCUAAAUCUGCGCACUUACUGCUCUCUUGUAGCAUGGAUUGUAGAGUCAAGUUAUGGGAGGUAUACAAUGAACGUCGCUGUGUGCGAACAUACUAUGGGCAUCGGCAAGCAGUUCGAGAUAUAUGUUUCAACAAUCCAGGAACACAAUUUUUAUCUGCAGGAUAUGAUAGGUACAUAAAACUAUGGGACACUGAAACUGGAGAGUGUAUAUCCAGAUUCACAAGUAGAAAGAUUGCUUACUGUGUGAAGUUCAACCCAGAUGAUGAUAAGCAAGAUCUUUUUGUGGCAGGAACAUCAGAUAAAAAGAUUAUUUGUUGGGACACUCGUAGUGGUGAAAUUGUCCAAGAAUACGACCGGCACCUUGGAGCUGUAAAUUCCAUCACUUUUGUUGACGAAAAUCGCAGAUUUGUAACAACUUCCGAUGACAAGAGUUUGCGAGUUUGGGAAUGGGACAUUCCUGUUGAUAUGAAAUACAUUGCUGAUCCCAGUAUGCACUCUAUGCCAGCUGUGACUUUAUCUCCAAAUCAAAAAUGGUUAGCGUGUCAAAGUAUGGACAACAAAAUAGUCAUUUUCUCUGCUCUGAAUCGCUUCAAGCUGAAUCGGAAAAAAACAUUCACCGGGCAUAUGGUUGCUGGAUAUGCUUGUAACCUUGACUUUUCACCAGAUAUGAGUUACAUUGUAUCUGGAGAUGCUGAUGGAAAGUGCUAUGUUUGGGACUGGAAAACAACAAAACUAUUCAAAAAAUGGAAAGCUCAUGAUGCGGUCUGUAUUGCCGCUCUAUGGCAUCCACACGAGCCAAGCAAAGUGGUGACGGCUGGCUGGGAUGGUCUUCUCAAAUACUGGGACUAAUCUGUCGUAUUGUUAAAUUAUUUUAUUCUUGUUUUCUUCAUUUUAACUGUAAGAGAACGUAAGACUCAAGGAAAAGUCAAAGUGAGACUCAAAAACAACGUAAAGUUUUUUUAAACAAAUUACAUAAGUUUUCUUUAAAUUUAGGUUUAUUCAGCUGAUGAACUUUAGCUUUACAAAAUGUGUUUUGGAGGACUGUAAAAUUGUUUCUUCGUUACUUUGCAGGGUCCUACGAAGAGCCUAAAAAAUUAGAUUACAGCUUUUUCUCUCUUGUCUGUGAAUGCAGCGAUUGUAUCUCAACUUGAUGCCUUUUAACCUCUCGCCACCCUCUGACUACAAAAAAAAAAACAAGAAAUUAAUGUUUUCUUCAAAUCUAAUUUCCCAGGCACAUCCUAGGGAUAAAUGAUGGAAAAAUUAUUUCUUCCUCCCUAAUAACGUUCUAUCAACAUUGUAAAAUAUAGGGAAAAAGAAAGAGUAGAGCUUGAUGCUGCUUGAUAUUCAUCUUGCUUAAACUUUCAGUAAUUAUUUUCUCAUCACCAAUAUCAAAGUCGAAAACUCUUUCAGAAGUGCAAAUUGUCCUCUACCCUUCAUCAAAACUAGCAAUUUGGAUCUCAAGCCUUCAUUUGUAUUUUACUUGUCAUUUUAUAUCAGAAUACUUAUUUUCUUGUAAAUGUGUAUAAAAGUGUACAUAAACAAGAAUUACCUUUUUA